GGGUUAAAAUUGCGAUAUGCGAUAUAUCCUCCUGCAGCCGCCGUUGCCGCCGCCAUGCGUGGAGUGGCCAUCCAGCGCGGACAUGUGGGCGUGGUCGGCGCCAGUCCCUAUCAUCAUCCCCAUCACCCGCACCAUCAUCUGCUAGCGGCCUCCGCCGCCGCCGCUCAGCAGCAGCAGCAACGCCAGGUGGCCGCCGCCGCCGUGGCUGCAGCAGCCGCCCAACAGCAGGUUGCCGCCCAUCAUCAUCAGCAGCAGCAGCAGCAGCAGGCGCAGCAGCAGCAGGCCAUCUCCGCCGUCGCUGCCGCCCAACAGCAACAGCAGCAGCAACAGCAUCAGGUCUCGGUCUCCCAGCAGCAGCAACAUCAGGUGGCCGCCGCCCAGCAGCAACAUCAGCAGCAACAGCAACACCAACAGCAGCAGCAGCAGCAGCAACAACAACAGCAACAGGUCGCCGUCGCCCAGCAGCAACAUGCAGCCGCAGCCGCCGCCGCCGCUGCAGCCGCCUCGCAUCCGCAUGCUGCCCAUGUCCAUGCCGCCCAUGCCCACGCCCUUGGCCCCCAGUUGGCGCAACUCCAGGCCGUUGCCGUGCCCACCGCUGCCGCCCAGCAGCAACAUUCGGCAUUGCAGCAAUCAUUGGCCGCCGCCGCUGCCGCUGCAGCCGCUGCCCAGAAUCAAGGAGGAGUUGCUGGUAAUCCGAACGCUGCUGCCGCCGCCGCCGCCGCCUAUGCCGCCCGUCUCUCAGCGGCGGGCGCCACACAAUCACCGCAAACGGCCGCUGCUGCUGCGGCUGCUGCUUCCAUGGCUGCGUCGGCUAAUGCGGCCAACAGUGCUGCCGCCCUGCAUGGAUUCGCGCCUGUAUACUAUGAUCCCUUCUUAGCAGCCGCUGCUUCCGCUGAUCCGAAUCUACGCUUCCAGGCAGCCAAACCGGUCACUGAAGUUCCAGCCGCUCAGCCAGCCGCCAUAUUAAAUCGCCGCACUGUGACUACGCUAAACAGUAACCCACAUACGAUCAACCGCAUUCCGGUUCCACAGAAUGUUUUGGCCACUGCUCCGCUGCUAAAGACACCGCUGUCUCAGGCCCAGCAGCAGGCGUACGCCACGGCGGCCACCACCUACACGGCGGUAGCUGCCCGGGCCGCCUAUGGAGCCGCUGCAGCAGCAGCCGCCCAGCCGGCACUCGCCGGCUAUGCCACCGUAGCUGGAUAUGCGCGCGAGUAUGCAGAUCCUUAUCUAGGACAUGGCAUUGGACCAGUGCCUGGCUAUGGGGCAACCAUGUAUCGCGGUGGCUUCAAUCGUUUCACGCCAUAUUAAGAACAAUCUAUGCCAGUCAGCCAAAUAAUGCACUCGAACUACUCUCGACGAAAAAAUGCUCAAUAAUAAUAUUAAUAAUAUGAACAACAAGCAGCAAGCAAUGCGAAUAAGUUAGUAACUUAGACGUAAAUACUCCUCUCCCUACGAUGCAGUAAGUAGAAGUUACAACCAAAAACUAAACCGAUAGAUGCAAGAUACUCAACACACACAACAACAACAACAACAACAACAGCCAGAGACAGGAGCCACAAGAACAAAAUCCUUGGACCUUGGAGAGUUGAAAAUCAAAGCUAAGCAACAAAGAAACAAAACUAAAAACAAAAAACAUAAACAAAUCAAUGUCGUCCAGUAAAAGCAAAAAAAGCUAAACCAAAAACAAAAAUAUACGCAGCUAAACGCAGUUCUAUGGAGUUUAUUUAAGUAAACCAAACAUAAAAUUAAAAAACUAAAAUUCAAAUUGCAAAAUAGUUUUGCAGAAAAGGAUGAAAAAAGAAGAUGAGAAGAAGAAUGUGCUUCAUGCGUAGAUUUUUACCAGAACAAAAAGCUGAAACUUUGUGUGCGGCCGAUCAGAAUUUAUAUGUAUACAUAUACCGACAUGAUAUAUAGUUAUUAUAUAUAGGGCAUUGUAUUUGUAUAUCAAAAAGCAAACCCGCUAAAAAAAAGUGAGCAAUGUUUUUAGGUACUCUUCAUCAUCGUCAUAAAAAAAAAACAAU